GCGCGCCUCUGUUUGUGCUGGUGAGGGAAGAGCAGCGGGUUCGAGACCCAAAGCGAGCACAAGGUCGUGUUUAUAAACGGAGGGGAUUAAAGCCCACAGAUGGAGGUGUGUGCAGAAGCGAAGCGGGUGAUGGUGCAGGCUCUGAGUAAAAUGUACAGCUCCCGAACCCAGCGCGGAGGAAUCCCGCUCCACCGCAGCCUCCUGCUCACUCUGGUGAUGAGAGCCGCCCGGGACGCGUACCAUUCCGCGCGGGGACCGGUACCGAACCCCGGCCCGGACACAAGCGGACAGAGGGACUGGCCCGGCUCCGCUGCGCACAGCACACAGACGGAGGAGCUCAUGGACACGGCCGAGGCGCCCGAACCUCCGUGUGCGCUCCAGAGCGCUGAGCGGGCAGCAGAACCGGACAGCACCGCGGAUAAAGAGAACUGUAACUCCACCGGCCAUCAGGCACAAUCCCGGAAACGGAGAGGGAAAAGCGGCGCCGAGCCGGACUUCCUGCCCUGCAAAAAGGCGAGACUGGACCGGAAGGCGCUCCGGCGGGUUCUUCACGACUCCACAGCGCGGAGUAACUCCGGCCAGUGCGCUCUGGAGACGGAGCUCCUGUCGGCUUCACACAUCCCCAGGACUAUAGUGACCUGCUGAACAGACUGCGCGCGUGUGUGUGUGUGUGUGUGUGUGUGGGUCUCGAACGCACAGUUCCCGGUCUCCCCGAGCACAAAGCGCGCACAGUUCCUGUGGAAUUCUGACUGUUUAAAACAACAAACCUUCGGCUACUCCAGUUUUCUGGCCCGAACUCGACCCCGAGAUUCUCAGCGGAUCUGAGCUGAGGUCAGAGGUGGUGUUGAUGACGUCACGGGGUGAAGGGUGACUCAUCAGGCACGAGGCUGCUUCAGAAACUGUGACGCAGAGCGGAGUCAGCGCGCAUCAUCACCAUCUCCAACCAAACCCAGAGUUUCCUGGAAACAAGUCCGACAUGUUACAGCUGUGUGUGUCGAAUUCAUGACUCAUCUUAAACCCUUCGAACUGAAGGAGUGAGACUGAUCAAGCUGGUUUAUUUAUUGUACAUAAACUACUUUUUCAUUACAUUUAUCCACUCUGUUCAUCACUGUUUAUAAUCUACACACAGAAAUGACAGGAGGGAAAAUGUUAUAAGCUGCUAAACCUGACCACUCCACAUGGUCACUACCUCACUUUUUAUAUAAUAAAAUGUUUUUAUUUGGAAUACA